UGCUACUUCAAAACACUCUCAGUUAUAGCUUCACUCUCUCCCAUUAUGGGAGAUACGACGCCGUUUUCGCUUCCUCCCGGUACCCGAUUUUACCCUUCCGAUCAACAACUAAUUAGCUACUAUUUAUCUUCAAAGAACGGCGCCGAUCACCGGAAUGGCGUUGGAUUUGACCUAAUUCGAGAAAUUGAUCUCUACAAUUUUAAUCCAUUUAACUUGCCGGAUUCCGCCUGUUUCCGGUACGGUCGUGGUGGACGGAAAAGGCACUGGUUUUGUUUUGUGGCUAGGGUUUUGAAGGGAGGGAGGAGGAGAGCUGGUGGUGGUUAUUGGAAGAAGAGGGGUAAAGUUAGGGAUGUGGUGGAUGCGGGUGCAGGGAAAGUUGUGGUGGGUACGCGUAAAAGUUUUGAUUUUUAUUUGGAGGAUUGUACUAAGACUGAUUGGUUGAUGCAUGAGUACGCCUUAACUGGUCAUCUUAUGGCAUCUUUUGUUCUAUGCCGAGUAUUCAUCAAAUCUCAUCAUGGAAAUAACUUGUCAGGUCAUGUAUUUAGUUCCAAUGGUGAAGAAAUUGUUGCGACAGUACGCCAUAUAGGUAUUCAAUUUGAUGGAUCAGCUGCAUCGGUUACUGGCUCUAAAAUGCAUGAUGAAAACACUAUUGACCAGGAGAAUGAUGUCUCAAAGUUACCUAGUGGAUUAGUUACCGACUUAAAUGGUCAAGUUGUUGCAGAAAAUGUUGCUAAACAGAUUUGUCUUGAGAGUGACGGACCUCCAGUUCUCAAUGAUUUUUCCGCUCAGGAACUGAUUGCCAUUUUAGAAGGAGAUUUUAUUGAGUUGGAUGACCUUCUAUGCCCGCUUCCGGGCAUUAACUAAAGGAAACAACAACAAUCCCAAAAGUCCAACAGCAAUCCCAAGCAAGUACCAUCCGUAACAAUCUCAAGCAAGUACCAUCGAUAAGAAUCACAAGCAAGUACAAUCAACAAGAAUCUCAAGCAAGUAAUAAUCAAUAACAAUCCCAAGCAAGUUAUGUUUGGAAAUUAGUAGCAUGAAGUUCACGCCGGAUUAUAUCAGUGAAGGUGACAAAAAUGGUAUUCAUGUCACUUUUCAGAACAUUAGAAAGUUACGUCUUAAAGACGUCAUAAAAAGAGUGAAGUUAUCAAAUUGUGAGAUCACCUCCUACAUCGGCAAUCAUUGUUGAAAAUCAGCUUAAGAGAAUUAGAUCAGGUGACUAAUUGCUUAGAUUAUGCUGUUGUCUGGAUGAAUAUCUUGACAGUUAUCAAAUUAUAAGGUCAUGUAUAGUUGUAUACAAUGUCAUGAUAUCUGAAAAUCAUCUCAAGAGAGUUGAUGGGGUGAGCAAUGAGGCUCACAUUUUACAGUCAUACAAUUUGCUGUAUAUGAGCGAAGAGUUAAGUCACCUAAUACACUGUCAUGAUUGAUGGAUAUCAGCUCAAUAGUAUUAGACUCUGUGAAUAAUGCCUUGCAUUAUAGCUUUGCCUGGAUGGUUGUCUCAACAGUUACCAAAUUUCGAGGUCACUUUAUACAGUUUCAUGAUUGUUGAAGAUCAGCUCACGAUAAUAGAUGGAGUGAGUAACGUGAA